AUGAGGAGCGAUGCAGCAGCAGCAGCAGCAGCAGCAGCAGCCUGAGCUGGAUCCUCUCAAUGAGCACCUGUGAGAGUGUCCGCCCCCCCCCUCGCCUCCUCUCUCCAUGGACGUAAUCUCCGACCGGACGACAGGUAUUAGUCGGGUCCCAGACGCAGUAAUCCGUCCAGACCAGGUCGAGCUUUGCUCAGGAGAGUCAGAGCAGCGGAGCUCCUGCAGCGGCAGCGCACAGAGUCCAGAACCCCCCACAGACGCAGACAUGGGACGCCAAGAGGCCGACUACGUGUGGAAGAAGAACACCGAGAACAUCCAGGAGGUGUUCGACAUCAUGGAGGAGUUGGGGUCAGGGGCGUUCUCAGAGGUUUACAUGGUGAAGGAGAAGAAGACGGGGAAGAUGUUUGCCAUGAAGUGUGUGAAGAAGAAACAGAAGACGGACCUGAACCUGGAGAACGAGAUCGCCGUGUUGAGAAGAAUCAAACACGACAACGUCGUGGGGAUGGAGGAUUUCUACGAGAGUCGGACUCAUUACUACCUCAUCAUGCAGCUCGUUUCAGGCGGGGAGCUGUUCGACCGCAUACUGGACCGGGGGGUGUACUCGGAGAAGGACGCCAGCAGGGUCAUCCAGCAGGUGCUGCAGGCCGUCAGCUAUCUGCACCAAAACGACGUAGUGCAUCGGGACCUCAAGCCAGAGAACAUCCUCUUCUACUGCCCGGAUGAAAACUCCAAGGUCAUGAUCAGUGACUUCGGCCUCUCGAAGAUGGUGGACAACGACAUCAUGUCGACCGCCUGUGGCACCCCAGGAUACGUAGCUCCAGAGGUUUUGGCUCAGAAGCCGUACAGUAAAGCAGUGGACUGCUGGUCCAUCGGAGUCAUCACCUACAUCUUACUCUGUGGAUAUCCUCCUUUUUAUGAAGAGAGCGAGACGCGACUCUUCUCCAAGAUCAUGAAGGCGCAGUAUGAGUUCGACUCCCCCUUCUGGGACGACAUAUCUGAAUCUGCUAAAGACUUCAUCCGUAACAUGAUGCAGAAGAAUCCCAACAUGCGCUACAGCACUGACCAAGCACUCAGACAUCCCUGGAUAAUCGGAAAGACGGCCCGCAGCCAGGACAUCUACUAUUCUGUCAGCGUUCAGAUCCAAAAGAACUUCGCCAAGUCCAAGUGGAAGCAAGCCUUCAACGCUGCCGUGGCCAUCAACCACAUGAAGAAGCUGCAGCAGGCCCACUCCGAGCAGAUCAUGAGGCAGACCAGCAUCCCGGACAUCAAGGUCAUCGACCUGUCCUCCCCGACAAAGACCCGCAAGCGUCUCGAUCCAGACAAGCUUGAGCCGGAGGUCAGCGGGGGGGCGCGGGGGACGUGUCACAUGCCCCUGCCCACGAGCCACAUCGAACCCAAGAGCCAUUACCAAACGCUGAAGGCCAGUCAGAGCCAGCGCGGCGCGCAUCACGCCCCCACAAUGGCCGAGCAGGGCAAACACGUGUACCACUCCGAGCCCGCCAACCUCAACGGGUAUUGUAGGAACCGUGACGGUAAGACUGUGCAGACCGGAGUUUGCUCAGUGAUGUGAAGGCUGCGAGAGGUUGACACGG